AUGACCCUGGCGGCUUCCUCUCAGCACCCCCAAGUCAUCUGCUCUGGGUUCCGAUCUGUCCUCCAGCUGCGGAUCCACAGGCGGAAUCAGGACCCGACCUCAGAUCUCGAUCCAUCGAUCUCAGCCCCAGGCCCAGCUCUGGCCCCAGCCUUCCCCUCUGCCAGCCCUGGGGUCCUGCUCCCUGAGCCAGAGCAUUGUCCAUGGCAGUGCCCACAGCAGGAGUCACCCAAGGUCUCCCCAUGCUGCAGAGGCAAUCUUACCUACCACCAGUACAGGCCUCCGGACCACGGCGCCAGGGGAGAGCCAAGCAGGCCGCCGCCACGGAGUGGGACGAGCUCACAGCAGCCAUCUCCCAGAAUGAAGCCUGCGCCCCUCACUUCCUCCCCACCAGGAGUCCCCAGCCCCUUGCUUCCUCCACACAAGUUGGAACUUCAGAUCCUUAAACUGGAAGAGCUGACGGUCUCAGAACCCCAGCAGCAGCAACGCCUGAGGGGCCUCCCGGUAACUGGGACCAAGUCGACGCUCUUGGAGCGCAUGCGCGGCGGAACUCUUCCCCGCGAGCUGCCGAAGGCGAGGCGAGAAGAAAAAGCAGUUGAUACUCCUUGGCGGUGCCUCAGACUCAAAGCCCUAGGAACCGCCCCGCGGCAGAGCCGGGAUGAGGGCGGGGCUAUGAGCUUGCCAAAGGAAGAGUCAGUGAAUUGCCCGGUAGGACUGCGGAUGGAGGCUCAGAUUGGGGCUGAGCCCGUUGUGCGUGGCUUGCGGGACCUUGCUCGUUUCCCUGCACCUCCCAGGCAACCUCUUCCACGACCCGCGGAUGCCCUGGUAACAGCCCCGGCUCCAAUUUCGACUCAGGCUCCGGCUCCAGUCCUGACGCCUUCCUCAGCACCCGCCCCAGCGGUCCUGACUUGGGAGGAGGAGCUGCAGGAAGCGAUCCGGAGGGCACAGGAGAGACGGUGGCUGCUUCCGAGCCGGGGUAUCGAUGACAUCCUGGAGGACCAGGUGGAUCCUGAUGACCCGCUGCUCCCCGUCCCCCUGGACUUCCCAGGCUCCUUCGACGUCCUGUCCCCACCCCCGGACUCCGAAGGCCUCUCCUCUGUCUUCUCUGUGUGGCUGUGGUGGAGGCCACAGAGACACUUCCCUGGGGGUACGGAGCAACCCACAGAGCCCCUCCUGCAGCAGACACAGAUGAAAGGCAACCCCUGUCCCCACCUGUCCCAGAACUGCCGCCGCCGCCCAGCCCACCACCGGGACUCUGCCUGUCCUGUGGCUGUCCCACGAUGGGGGUGGGGGGGGCUCCUGUGCUGCUGGCCAGGCCAACAUGCUGCUUGCUCCUUCCUUCGGAGGCCUCAAGGGUGAUUUUAUGCACCACCCCGUGAUGGCUGCUUGUUGUCUGGGGAAUCUGGAAGGUGGUUCUGGCUGUUGGGACGCAGGAAAAGGGCAAGGAGGAGUAAGAAUAACAAAGAGGGAGCCAGACUCCGGGGUUCUAGUUGGAGGAGAGAAGAUGAGAAGUGUCCUGUGUGAGGUCAGCUGUUUUUGGAACUGGAGUCAGGUCAAGAUGCGGGUGCCAGUGAUUUGCUUCCAGGCAAAAGCACUAAGGGAAUAGAGGAAAGGGAUGGCA